CCCCAGAGUUAGAGACCUUACCGCGCAGGGAGCCAGCAUGUCGGCUGUGGUCCUGGAAAACCGAGGCUUUGGCAGGAAGCUGUCUGACGGACAGGAAACAAGCUAUAUUGAAGACAAUUCCAAUCAAAAUGGUGCCAUAUCACUGAUCUUCUCACUCAAAGAAGAAGUUGGUGCCCUGGCCAAAGUCUUGCGCUUGUUUGAGGAGAAUGAUAUAAACCUAACUCACAUUGAAUCCAGACCUUCGCGCUUAAAGAAAGAUGAGUAUGAAUUUUUCACCUAUCUGGAUAAACGUAGCAUGCCUGUCCUGGCAAACAUCAUCAAGAUUUUGAGGCACGACAUCGGCGCCACUGUCCAUGAGCUUUCCCGGGAUAAGGAGAAAGACACAGUGCCCUGGUUCCCAAGAACCAUCCAAGAGCUCGACAGAUUUGCCAACCAGAUCCUCAGCUAUGGAGCGGAACUGGAUGCAGACCACCCCGGGUUUAAAGAUCCUGUGUACCGAGCGAGACGGAAGCAGUUUGCGGACAUUGCCUACAGCUACCGACAUGGGCAGCCCAUCCCUCGAGUGGAAUACACGGAGGAAGAAAAGAAAACCUGGGGGACAGUGUUCAGGACCCUGAAGUCCUUGUAUAAAACCCAUGCUUGCUACGAGCACAAUCACAUCUUCCCGCUUCUGGAAAAGUACUGUGGCUUCCGCGAAGAUAACAUUCCCCAGCUGGAAGAGGUUUCUCAGUUUCUGCAGACUUGCACUGGAUUCCGCCUCCGACCUGUGGCUGGCCUGCUUUCCUCUCGGGACUUCUUGGGUGGCCUGGCCUUCCGAGUCUUCCACUGCACUCAAUACAUCAGACAUGGGUCCAAGCCCAUGUACACACCUGAACCUGACAUCUGCCAUGAGCUGCUGGGACAUGUGCCCUUGUUUUCAGAUCGCAGCUUUGCCCAGUUUUCCCAGGAAAUUGGCCUUGCCUCUCUGGGUGCACCUGAUGAGUACAUUGAGAAACUGGCCACGAUUUACUGGUUUACUGUGGAGUUUGGACUCUGUAAACAAGGAGACUCCAUAAAAGCAUAUGGUGCUGGGCUCCUGUCAUCCUUUGGUGAAUUACAGUACUGCUUGUCGGGCGAGCCCAAGCUCCUCCCCCUGGAGCUGGAGAAGACAGCUGUCCAGGAGUACACUGUCACAGAGUUCCAGCCCCUCUAUUACGUGGCUGAGAGUUUUAAUGAUGCCAAGGAGAAAGUGAGGAACUUUGCUGCUACAAUCCCACGGCCCUUCUCAGUUCGUUAUGAUCCAUACACCCAAAGGAUUGAGGUCUUGGACAAUACCCAGCAACUUAAGAUUUUGGCUGACUCCAUCAACAGUGAAGUUGGAAUCCUUUGUAGUGCCCUCCAGAAAAUAAAGUGAAGUCAUGGACAAAACCUGUCAACUGAGAAUCUGUUGAUGGAAAUCCAACUACUUCCAUUUCAUCUGAAAAAGACUGAAAAUCAAACCUUAAUUUGAAUUAAGAGCCCUAAAUCUUUUUUUUUUUUUUCAGAACAAGAUGGAGCAUAAACAAAUAAAUCAAAAUAAGUUGAAAUGACAUUAUAUUAAUAUACACCCAAAAGCAUAAUCUUUUGGGGUCCUCUUUGAUUUAGAGAUGGUAAUCCCAUACUCUCAAUUCAGUUAAAAUCAAUAGUAUGUCACAUUUCAUCAGUUAAUUAAAAUUUGGGACCUGAUUUAUUUGAGCUUCUAUAUAUCAGUCAAUGUAAAACACAAGCCUGUCAUUAGAAUUGAAUUUGUUGAUUUAAUAUACAUCUUAACCUACAAAGGUAAUUUUCUAUUUCAGUGGACUAUGAUUCUAAGUAUUAUUGUGUUUUACCCAUGUAGAUUUCCUUUAAUUCAAGAGCCCAUUAAAAUAGUUAUUAAAGUUGAAGUUCAUAGCAUCAUAUCGAAGCA